CUGCUGGCAACCUGGCAACGCGUAAUCAUCGCUGAAGCCGCUGCUCAAUUUUUUUUUAUUCAUACUGUGCGCUAGUAGCAACAAUUAUGGCUGGGAUGUUUCUGUUUUAAACAUGUUUAAAUUGAUGGUCGGAUUGAGUUAAGUUUGUUUGUUGUAAUAGAAGUACAGGAUGCGUUUUGCGGCAAAGCGCUGCGGGGUGCAGUUCAGCCCUCCGUCCAUAGUUUUAAUUUAUGAGCACACGGAAACCAAAAAGGUGCGAAAAAGAAUAAUACCUGUGCGAAAUUUCUCCAAAUACUCCGACUACAGCAUGGCUGCUGAAAGGCUGAAGAACAACCCUCGGCACAGGGACUACCUGGAGGGUGUCUCUCAAAGCCAGCUUGAGAAGCUUCACAUUAUCCUGCGUGAUCACAUGCAGGGCUUCAGUCUGGAGCACAGCCUCUCCUCGUUCUGUCUGGACCCUGACGAAGACCUGAACAAACUGGACGAUGAGGACCUGGCACGCAAGAAAGGCCAAAUGGACGAACUGUUUGAGAAAAACCGGAGACGCAAAGAUGAUCCUGACUUUGUUUACGACUUGGAAGUUGAUUUCACUAAGACCACCUUAGACAAGUGCAGCUGGGAUGAUGAAUCAGAUGAUGGAUUUUGAAACUCUCUCUUUACCAAUGUUUUAAUUAAGAAUGUAGAUUGUAAAUCUAUAGUGAGACUGCAGGAACAUACAACCCAACUGAUGUAGAUGGCAAUGCUUCAAUAAACGUCAAUAUAGUAGAAA